AAUCACUCUCUAACACUGGGUAAUCACUAACAUUUACACUUCAAGGAAGAUAUAGAGGUGAUUCAGCUCUUGUGUGACUCCAUUUCUGUUCAACAUUUUCUGUUGGUUGGAAGAUAUUUAUGAUAGCAGCAUCUUUCAAAUGGAUCACCUUACUCUUGAUACACGAAGAUUCCUUUGUAUCCCUGCCUUGACUUUAUACUUGUUCAACAUCAUCUUAAAAUUUAACAGUUGGAAGGAGUUCAUCUACAAGCUGAGUGGCCUCCUUAUCAGCUUAUCAGUUUUUGUGUUUGAAAUACUCAUUGCAAGCAGCUUGUGCUGGCGACUGUGGGAAUUUGACAAUAAUGUGGUGCAGUUUGUGUCCUUUGGAUUGUGGGAAGUAUAUUAUUCUCAACAUGUUAACAUCUCUGGGACACUAACCACGAUCCUGGUGCAUACCCCAAUUGAUUCAACUUGGAACAUUUCAACUGAAUUUUUGUAUGCACAGAACCUGAUGGUAUGGGCCAUUUUGAUGAUGCCCCUGGUUCUGGUUUUCAGUGCAAUGGCCAUUAAGAUCAGUUGCAAGAAACACCCAUUUGUGGAGAUGCAGAUAUAUUGCUACAAGAUCUCUUCCUUAAUUUUGUCUGUUAGCAGUGUAUUCACAUUUGUUUCUGUGACCUGGAACCACUAUGUAGAUCUGUAUGGCCAAACCACUCUUGAUUUUCCACCUGAUUUUCCUGUUAAGAAAGAAGCCUUACAAAGUAAACAUUUAACGGCUGUGUUGCCAUUAGGUCUCCUGCUAUCCAUCAUGUCACUUUUUGGUGUGAUGAUGUUUGUCUCUGAGAUAUCGUAUUUGAAACUACAAAGUUCUGUGAAGGCCAAUUGUGCUUCCAAAACAGCACUAAUCAAGAUCUAAAGUGAGGAACUCUGCAUUUGUAGCAUCUGUGAGAAUGUUCCUUGAGAUAUUUCCUAUUCCUCCAGGAAACUCAUGUAGCCCUCAACUCAUUCUAAAUAAAUGUGUUCUAAAUCAAGCAUCAA